UAAGUCUAAUCAUUCAUGAACACGUACUGCUCAGAAUCAGGACGGUGUCUGUGUUGUGUGAAAGGCGAAAAAUGUAAUAAUGUGACUUUUACGCGAGUUAACUCACUCUACUGAUCUGUCACUGACUUCCUUCUUCUUCAGACGGGAUCACUGAGAGAUCAGACCCCGUCAGACACUGUGAAGCCACGGGCUGUCGUGAUGUCGGAGCCCAAAGCGCCCACCCCGGCCCCUGGGGACACUUAUAAAGGCUGGCUCUUCAAAUGGACUAAUUACAUAAAGGGAUACCAAAGGCGCUGGUUCGUCCUCAGCAAUGGCUUGCUGUCUUAUUACAGGACCCAGGCGGAGAUGGGUCACACAUGCCGGGGCACCAUAAACCUGGCCACAGCCAACAUCGCCGUGGAGGACUCCUGCAAUUUCGUCAUCUCUAAUGGUGGCACGCAGACGUAUCACCUGAAGGCCAGCUCGGAGGUGGAGCGGCAGCGGUGGAUCACAGCACUGGAGCUGGCCAAAGCCAAAGCUGUCCGCAUGCAGCCUGAAUCAGAUGAGUCUGGGGAUGACUCCACUCCUCCUGCAUCAGGUCAGGGUGCAGGCUCACGCAACUCAGAGGUGCAGUCCACCCUCCGGACGCUGAGCAGCAAGGUGGAGGAUCUCAGCACCUGCAACGACCUCAUCGCCAAACACGGCUCUGCUCUCCAACGGUCCUUGUCUGAGCUGGAGGGAGUUCGGCUGGGAGGAGAGACGAGUGAAAAGUUUCGACAGGUGACGGAGCGAGCCACUCUCUUCCGCAUCACCUCCAAUGCCAUGAUCAACGCCUGCCAGGACUUCCUGACGUUGGCUCAGACUCACAGUAAGCGCUGGCAGAAAGCCCUGCAGUCCGAGAGAGAGCAGAGAGUGCGACUGGAGGAGACACUGGAGCAGCUCGCCAAACAACACAACCAUCUGGAGAGAGCCUUCAGAGGAGCCACCGUACUGCCUUCAUCCCAGAGCAACCCUUCCAUAGAUAGCAAAGGCCCAGUUCCAGUAAAGGGUGAUGCCAGUGACGAGGAUGACGAGAAUGAGUUCUUCGACGCAUGCGAGGACGUUCAAGAGUUCAUCACUGUACCAGCAGACCCCAAAUAUCACAGGAGAUCCGGCAGCAAUGUCAGCGGAAUCAGUAGCGAGCUGGGAAUGGACGAUGGGACGACGUCGCUAGACGAGCAAUCUCUGGCAUCCAAUCCCGAAUCUCCACAGUCCCAGGAACUAGUGCCUGUGAGAAAGAGGCGGAGCCGAAUCCCAGAUAAACCAAAUUACUCUCUCAAUCUGUGGAGCAUCAUGAAGAACUGUAUCGGAAAAGAGCUCUCCAAAAUCCCAAUGCCUGUAAACUUCAACGAGCCCCUGUCCAUGCUGCAGCGUCUCUCCGAGGAUCUGGAGUACUACGAGCUGCUGGACCGGGGCGCCAAGUGCCAGAACUCUCUGGAGCAGAUGUGCUACGUGGCAGCUUUCACCGUGUCCUCUUACUCUACUACAGUUCACCGCACGGGCAAACCCUUCAACCCUCUGCUGGGCGAGACAUUCGAGCUGGACCGCGUGCAGGAGAGCGGCUACAGGUCCCUCUGUGAGCAGGUAAGCCAUCACCCUCCGGCUGCAGCCCAUCACGCGAUCUCCGAGCGAGGCUGGACCCUGAGACAGGAGAUCGCCCUGGCCAGCAAGUUCAGGGGAAAAUAUCUAUCCAUCAUGCCCCUGGGUUCUAUUCAUUGUAUUUUUGAGAAGAGUACCAAUCACUACACCUGGAAGAAAGUCACAACCACAGUGCACAAUAUCAUCGUCGGGAAACUCUGGAUAGAUCAGUCAGGAGAAAUAGACGUUGUGAACCACAAAACAGGUGACCGCUGUCAUCUCAAAUUCGCACCGUACAGCUACUUCUCCAGAGACGUGGCCAGAAAGGUCACGGGGGUGGUGACGGAUAAAGAUGGGAAAGCGCACUAUGUUCUGUCUGGGACGUGGGACGAGAAGAUGGAAUACUCUCGUGUGAUGCAGAGCAGCAGAGGGGGAGAGAACGGCGCUGAAGGACGACAGAAAACCGUCUAUCAGACGCUCAAAGCCAAAGAACUGUGGAGGAAGACUCCGCUGCCGGAAGGCGCAGAAAACAUGUACUACUUCUCGACCCUGGCGUUGACAUUGAACGAGCCGGAGGAGGGCGUUGCUCCCACGGAUAGCAGGAGGCGGCCGGACCAGCGUCUGAUGGAGCAGGGCCGCUGGGAGGAGGCCAACGCUGAGAAACAAAGACUGGAGGAGAAGCAGCGCACCGUCCGCCGAGAGAGGGAACGAGAGGCCAACCGCACCGCCAGCCCUUCAGAGGAGGGUAAGGAGCCAGCGGACGGGGCUCUCAUUGAGGACUCCAUAUCUGAUUCGCCUCUAAAAACCGAAGAAGUGGAGAUUGCCAGUGAGCCAUCUGAGACCACUUACAAAACUGACACAGAUGAAACUUCCUCCGAUCUUUCGCUAUCAACUGAAACACUGCACGGCUCACACCCACCUGCAUACUCAAUGGAGGGUCCUUAUGGAGCUCAAGCCAAAAGUGGUCAUCAGGACAACUACACGCCGAUGUGGUUUGAGCGGCUCGUCGACCCGAUGACCGGAGAGACCACGCACAUCUACAAAGGAGGAUACUGGGAGGCCAAGGAGCAGGGCAGCUGGGACUCCUGCCCAGAUAUCUUCUGAUCCCAAUCACGCACAUGCCCCGCCGUGCCCUCACUGUCCCGUUUCCCAGAAAAACAAAAAAAUGAAAGCUCAAUCAGCUGCCCCCAUCUCUUUUCCCGUAUCGUAGUAUAUUGAGAUACGCGUUCUCUCUUUCACCAGCCGCGCUCUACUCAGUGGACACUAAGGAACACCGAAGUGGUUCGGGAACGUUCUCCCGCCACCAUCCACUGUGUGUCUAUCCGUUUUCCUCGUGUUCACAGGAUUAUUAAAACAUAGGGUUCGUGGUUCAGUAAAUGCUAGAGUUAGGAAAACAUAUCCUUCCGAAUCCCUUUCCCGCUCACUCAUCUUCCUCAAGCUGUGGACGGCACAUCCUUAAACAUCCGGGAAAUACGAAGGCCUGUCUGUUUGCGUGUGUGUGUGUGUGUGAGUGAGUUCAGAGAAGUGCUGUAUUGCUCUUUUCAUUGAGCGUGUUUGUGUGAGAGAUGUAGUUUGAGAGCUCACCUUAGUUUGAGGAUUUUAAAGGAAUGGUUUGCACAAAUAUGAAAGAUCUGUCAGUGAUUACUUACCACCUUAUUUUUUUAUGUGUGAUGCUAUAUUCCAGGUCUUCCGUAUCUAUAUGCUAGUUUUGUGCAGGAAAUUUUACACAACACUUGUUUUAACUGGAACAGCAAUUACGAGAGACGAGAACCAGUGAUGUCUUAGUCAAUAACUUGAUGAGAUGUCCGAUCUUCAAUGAAGGGGAAGAUUAUCACUGAAUAACAAUGUAAAGUUCAGUCUUUUCUUCACACUGAGCCAUUGUAUUACUUAAAAUAUAAUGUACAAGUCAAGUCGUAUGCAUCAUUUUAUGGUGCUCUUAAGUCAUUAUUUUGGUCCAUUUUGGAGCUUGACAGGCUGUAAACUGUUCUAUAGAAGAGAAGAAAAAUCAUGAAAGUAGUCUAUGUGAUUUGUUAUGUUAAAUAAUUUCUGAAUCUAUACAGUAGAUUUGUGCAUGAAAUUCUCCACUUUAAACUGGUAUGACAAUUAUGACACAAGAAUCGUUGGGGUUUUGUUGAGCCAAUGUCAACUUAAGUGAAAUAAGUCUUUUUGGAGCUUCACAGCCUAUGAAUUGUUCUACAGAAAAAAGAAAACGCCAUCAAAGUAGUUUCUGUGAGUUGUGCCGAUAUAUUACAAGUCAUCUGAUUUUAUAUGAUAGUUUUGUGCAAGGUAUUCUUCCUGCGUUUUAUAAUUGGCAUGCCAAUUAUAAAAUGCAAGAACCAAUAGCAUUCUGGCCAUCAAGCCGCACAAUUUUUGAAACGCUUCACAAAUGAGUUGUCACAGCUUUGGCAGAUGCAGAGAUUGUCAGUGAAUAACAAAGUCAAUUUCAGUCUUUUUAUAUUACUUGACAUACAACACAAGUCAUAUGCUUACUUUUAUGGUGAUUUUAAGUCAUUUAUUUUGGACCUUUUUUUACCAACAAUGUGGGUUUGAAUGACCCAAAGGCGAGUAAACGGUGACAUCAUUUUCAUUUUUGCAUGAACUAUUCCUUUCAAUCCCAUCUUAUCUGUACAGUUCUCUCAAUCAUUCUGCUUCUAAUGAGGAAAAAUGUAAGCAUCAUUCAGAUAUUCUUAUUAACACUUGCUAAAAUCACUUAAAAGACUAAUGUAUUGUCCAGAGCGUGUUUAUAACCUCCAGAACAGCAUAUCUGUUGAUGCUCACGAGCGAGUGUGCUGCUUUAAGCAAGAGAGCCAGAUAAAAGCAUCCGUGUAGCCAGAGGAAGAUGCUUCAUUGCUUGAGUUUAGCUUCAGUGUUUGAAACUGACAAGUCGCUGUGACGUGUAGUGUACGUGACACCAAAGGAUCUACCCGUUUGUUGAUGUUCCCCUGGACAGUGUCCACAAACUGAAGAGCUUGAGUGUGUGUGUGUGAGUAUGAUUGUGUAUGUGAGGUCAAGGGAGUAUCAAACCAGUGUGUGUGAUCAUGAGUGACGUAUUUGGGGUUUGUUGUAUUUCAAAGUGAAACGAAAAAAGUAAAAUCACAUUUUAUUUUCAAGUGUACUUAAACACAUGUGUGGGGAAAAAACAAUAAGAAUACAGCAAUGCAAAAACAUUGACUAUUUGUGUAUAUAUAUAUCAAAUAAUGAAGUAGAAUAUUCUUACUAUUAAUACCAAUCCUUCUUAUGCUGACACUGACAGCUAGAGUUAUAAUUAUGAUGGUAAUUUUGAUGUAGUUUGAGGGUUCAGCACAAUUAUUUAGAUUUUUAUCUUUUUUGUCUGUUUGAUAUGGGAAGCCACGACACAUUCUUGUUUGCUCGUUGUCCUUGAGUGGAUUCAAACUAAUGGAAAUUUUAUAUAUAUGUAUGUAUAUCUAUCCCAUCAUCCUCCUGUUCCGUUAAAACAGCAGUUUUAAUGUGAGUGCACAGUUCUACUGCUGUUUGUUAUAACUGCAGAAUCUCUUUUCUUGGUUUGCAGUCUUUUAUUUGUACAACUGUUGAACUUGUUCUUUCUUCUUCAUUUGAUUUCUUUGACUGUCAUUCUUUAAGUUGGUUGGCGUUCUUCUUUUUGUUUUGUCCUGUUGGUGUUGUCCCUCUCUUGGUCUCGGAUCAUUGUGUUACAGCACAGAAUUGCUCUUGACUGUGGUCAUGGUGCAGAUGAUAGUGUAAUAAAAGCUGGUUUGAAAAGGAAAUUAUCAAACAAACAA